CGGAGUAAGAUGGCUGCAGCGCGUGUGCUGGGGACCUGGAGCCGGAGCGCCGUCCGACUGACUUGUGUUCGCUAUUUUCAAACAUGUAAUAACGUACAUGUUUUGAAGCCGAAAUGUGUGUGUUCCUGUUAUCCUUUGCACAAGUACAAUCAACCACACCACUCCCUGAGAACAGCAGCUGUACUGCAAGGACAGGUUGUUCAGUUCAAACUCUCUGACAUUGGAGAAGGGAUCCGAGAAGUAACUAUUAAAGAAUGGUAUGUAAAGGAAGGGGAUACUGUGUCUCAGUUUGACAGCAUCUGUGAAGUUCAAAGUGAUAAGGCCUCUGUCACCAUCACCAGCCGUUAUGAUGGUGUCAUUAAGAAGCUCUAUUACAAUCUGGAUGAUAUCGCGUAUGUGGGGAAGCCACUGAUAGACAUCGAAACAGAAGCUUUAAAAGAUUCAGAAGAAGAUGUUGUUGAAACUCCUGCUGUGUCCCAUGAGGAGCACACUCACCAAGAGAUAAAAGGCCAGAAAACAUUAGCAACGCCUGCAGUUCGUCGGCUGGCAAUGGAAAACAAUAUUAAGUUGAGUGAAGUUGUUGGCUCUGGAAAAGAUGGCAGAAUACUUAAGGAAGAUAUUCUCAACUUUUUGGAAAAGCAGACAGGAGCCAUACUGCCUCCCUCACCAAAAGCUGAAAUCACACCACCUCCGCCACACCCCAAAGACAGGACCUUUCCCACGCCAAUAUCAAAGCCUCCAGUAUUCACAGGCAAAGACCGAACAGAGCCUGUAACAGGCUUCCAAAAAGCAAUGGUCAAGACCAUGUCUGCAGCCCUGAAAAUUCCCCACUUUGGCUAUUGUGAUGAGCUUGACCUUACUGAACUGGUUAAGCUUCGGGAAGAAUUGAAACCUGUUGCUUUGGCUCGUGGAAUCAAACUCUCCUUCAUGCCCUUCUUCUUAAAGGCUGCCUCGUUGGGGUUACUGCAGUUUCCUAUCCUUAAUGCCUCCGUGGAUGAAAACUGCCAGAACAUCACCUACAAGGCUUCUCACAACAUUGGGAUAGCAAUGGAUACUGAGCUGGGGUUGAUUGUCCCCAAUGUGAAGAAUGUUCAAGUUCGCUCUGUAUUUGAGAUUGCCAUGGAACUGAACCGCCUCCAGAAACUGGGCUCUUCAGGUCAGCUCAGUACCACAGACCUUACCGGAGGGACAUUCACUCUUUCCAACAUUGGAUCAAUUGGUGGAACCUAUGCCAAGCCGGUGAUAUUGCCACCCGAAGUAGCCAUCGGUGCCCUGGGAGCGAUCAAGGCUCUUCCCCGAUUUGACCAGAACGGAGAAGUUUAUAAAGCACAGAUAAUGAACGUGAGCUGGUCAGCUGAUCACAGGAUCAUUGACGGCGCCACCAUGUCACGCUUUUCUAACUUGUGGAAAUCCUACCUAGAAAACCCAGCGUUUAUGCUGCUAGAUCUGAAAUAAUGUCAAAUAGGAAGCGCUGGGACUUCUUGCAUUUCCGAAGAGUACGUGAGGCCUCACUGUGCCAGCAUGUAUUCUUGAUACAGUCGCAAGAAAAGGUUUGUGUUGCCUGGUUAAGGCUCAAAAGCACAGUAUUUACCGCUGUCACAUUAGGUUCUUUGCUGAAAAUGAACGAUGGGGAGCGGUUCUGUUGUGUAGGUCAGAGGGUGACUUCCCAGUAUGGUGCCGAAAUCUGUGUCCAUGAAUUGAAACAGGCAACAAAACAAAAUCAAUGUCACCAAAAGGCAAGGAGCAAUAUACACGUGGUUUUUGCCUUGUUUCUCUCUGUUUUUUUAACUGAUUUUUUUAACGAAACUUUAAAAUUAUACUUAAUUAGGGAGAUUUAUAUACAAAUGUGUUUUUCAUUUCUUUCCUAUAAAAUAAGUGCAAUUCUACUUAUCUCUCAGAUAAUGAGACAUGUACUCUUUCUUGCCUUAUGUGUAAAGUAACAUCUGUAAAUGGCUUAUAGCUAUAAAAUAGUAUUCUGUAGAGGGGGAGUUAUAGUUUCAUCUUGAUUAUAGUUCACAACGAAAAAGGCUGUCAAAAGUAAAUUUUAAAAUAGACUUCUAGAACUUCUAGAACUUCUAAUGCUUUGGCAUUUUGCUGGGAAAUACUUGACUUUGCCAACUCACUUUGUGAUGUAAAAUACCAUAAAAAAACGCCAGCUUCUGGCUUUUUUUUUUUUUUUUUUAACACUUAAGAGAUUUAUUGCCUUCUAAUUUUAUUGAUCUUCAGGUAAACACAAGAAAAGGACCUGGAAUCUAUUCUGUUUUGAGCAUGAAUAAGAAGAGAGUCAAAUGGGAAAUUGUGAGCAUAAAAUUAGUUUAUGCAGAAAUGCUACUAAUGAUUAUCUUGAUAAAGGUAUGCUUUAGUCAGAUAGCAUCAGGAUGAAUCUAAUUCAAGGCUGGGCAAUCCUUUAUUCCCAGCACUUGAGGAGCACACAGAUGUGUGGAUCUCUGUGAGUUUGAGGCCAGCCUGGUCUACAUUGUGAGUUACCAGAUAGCCAGAGCUAUGCAAAGAAAUCCUCUUUAAAAAGAAAAGAAAAGAAAGAAAGAAAAGAUAAAUCAAAUAUAGUAUCUUGAAAUCUAGAUUUGUUUUCUUCUGCUGCUAUUACCUAAUUGAAUAUAUCAUGACAGAAUUAUUUGUUUAAAUGAAGUUUUUUGACAGUAGGAAAAAGGGUCAUUUUAAUGCCUACUUGAUUUUUUUUGAAAAAGGGAAAUAGUCUAUAAAGUAAUGCUGUUUGUUUUGAAAUUCAAAUCAUGAAACCCAUUAUUUUUACAUAAAGAAGAUUAGCAAAAGAAAAUCAAUUCAGAACCACGAACUUUGUCCAUAGGCCUGUAAUUCCCACACUUGGGAGUCUAAGGCAGGGGGACCCUGACUUCAAGGCCAUGCCAGGCCACACAGUGAGACUUUCUCUGAAGAAAAGAAAAAACUGCAGAUAAUGUGGAGUAACCAACUGUAAUCUAUAAUCUUAGCACUGUUAACAUUAUAAUGUAUUUAUCUACGGACAUAGAUAGGUAUUCUUUUAUAAAAAUGAAAUCAUAAUGUAUCUACUAUUUUAUAAUUUGAUUUUUUAAAUUUAUCAUUAUAUUAUGGAUACCUUUAUAGGUCAAUAAACAGUUCUACAUUGUCAUACUUUGUAUGACUGGAUAGUUCA